AGGAAGUCGUGUGCAAUGUGUUCUUUAGUGUUUUAAGCAUAGGUUUUAAGUUCUUAUUAGUUAUACAUCCAUGUUCAUUCAAGGACCAAUGGCAGUUGAAAACGACCAAACAUUUGCUUUAAAAUGUUAGCCUGUUACAGGAAAUUAUAACAACAGUGUUAAGGGUCCAGACGAAGUUAAAUAACGGUAACGUUACCUGCUCCGCCGUUAAGAUACCAUGCCAGACUGGGUCAGUCUAUGCGUGGUCAUUAUCCUUUUGAUAAGUCUUGUAACAGUAGCUGGUUACAUUUUGUACUCGGGACUCCUCACAGACAUUAUCGUACUAACCGGCUCUCCUCCCGUAAAGAAGAUUACAUUCGCCUACAAAUUCAAAGAAGGACCGUACAAAAACUGCAGACAACUUUUUAAGGAGUCUCACAGCAUUGGACCAAAGCUUUCAUGUAUCGGAGUAUUUUAUGAUGACCCUAAAAAGGUCCCGGGACCACAGUGUCGCUAUGCUGUCGGCAGUAUUCUGAGCGAGGGAAAAAACCAGGCAGACGAGGAACUUUUGAAGAGCUAUGAGACAUCCGGCUUUAAUGUCUUUUCCUUUCCUGAAGUCACACACGUGGUCGCUACGUCGUUCCCCCACAGGACGCAUUUGUCUGUCCUCCUGGGAGUAAGAAGAGUUUACCCACGGCUAGAGCACUACAUCAAGGAAAGGAGGCUGUGUGCACACCCGUUCCUUCAGAUCUACAGAGAUGGUCAGAUCCAGUUCAUGGCCCCCUUGGCCCGUCAGGGAGAUUUCUACGUGCCUGAAGUGCGACAGGUAGAAAGGAGGCUGUCAGAACAAGAGGAAUUGCACAGUGACUCAGAAGUCUCAGACUCAAACAGUGAAUACAGCUCAGGGAGUGGGGUUCUCCUGUCGGACAGCAGAGGGACGUCCCUAGCAGCGUCCUCUGUCCACUCUGUGCCUAUCCAGGAUCAAGGAGAUAGAAACAACAGAGGGAGAAGCUCCACGGGAACCUCAUUUAAAGACCUGGACUGGGAGCAGACCGGUGGACAGCAGGCAGAGAGAGAAGAGCCGCUUCAUGGAGACUCCAACCAGAAGAGCCUGGAGGCUCCCACUCAGGAGUGGUGGGGUGCCGUUGGAGGAGAGGAGUAAAAGUUCAGUGAGACACAUUAGUUGAGGAUGAAAGAGUAAAGGAUUGAAAUUGAAGAGUGUCUCACUAUGGGUCCAUGUCCAAAUGUGUAAAUAUUAAACAACAAGGCAGGUUAUAUUCUAUAUUUUGGUUAUUAUGAACAAAUCCCAUGAAAAGACCAAAACAAGCAAUGUGUUGGUCUGUUUCUUAAUACUUGCAGACUUCCCUACCCUGAAAGUCGAGUCUUUCCUAUAGAAGAAUCUUUAGAAACAGGUCAUGGAUAUAGUGUCAUUUUUUAAAACAGCUGAGCACUGUAGUUUUUAGCAAAUGUUACUCAAGCAGGAGUAAAUAGUGCAUUUGUUGGGGACUACUUUUAAUAGUGGAAU